AUGAAUGCAAUGAUGCAUCGGUAUUGGUGGGGUCACCAUGAGAAGGAGACGAAGGUAAACUGGAUGAAAUAUGAGAGAAUGGGUAGAUCAAAACAACAAGAAGGUAUGGGCUUUCGUGACUUGGAAAGCUUCAACAAAGUGCUACUCGCCAAACAAUGUUGGAGAAUCUUAAAGAACCCUGAGUCCUUGUCGGCAAGAAUUAUAAAAGCUAAGUAUUUUCCUUCUGAAUCUAUCCUUGAUGCUCCAUUGGGUUGGCGACCAUCAUACAUAUGGAGAAGUAUUUGGUCGGAUCAAGAUCUACUUUCGGAGGGGCUAAAAUGGCAAGUUGGAAAUGGGCGACAUAUUAGAAUAUGGAAGGAUCAAUGGCUUCUCCAACAUAUUGCGCAUUGCGUUUUUCCAAGACAAGGGCUACAUGCGGAGGCAUACGUUGAAGGACUUAUUGAUCAGGAUACCAAUGCAUGGAAUACCUCUCUGGGCAUAAAUGCUAUUCCAACUAAAGCAAAUCUAUUCAGAAGGAAAAUCACGAAAAAUCCUCUUUGCCCUCUUGGUGGGCUUGUGGCUAAGACUACUGAUCAUAUUUUAUGGGGGUGUGGGACUGCUAAGGAUGUAUGGAGCUUAUGUGGAUGA